AUGGAGACGCGCGUACGGGGUCCCGGAGGCGCCAAGCCGGCCGAGCGCACGGAGAGUGAGGAGCGCGUGCGCGCGGAGUCCCAGCCGGGCCCGGGCCAGUCGGUGCCGCCCGCGGGGACACGUGCGUCUUGGUCCCGAGAGACGAGCGUGCGGGGAAGGCGCACUGCGCGGAGGGACCCGAUCUCUGGUCCCACGGACACAGCCCCGGGCAGCGUCGUCCCGGAGCCCGCCGGGUGGCCCCUGGGCUCCUCGGCCACAGGCUGCCAGACCCCGGAGCCCAGAGGGCAGCCGCGGGCCCGGGACCGCCGGGAAGGAGGGGGCGCGCACCAGGCCGCCCGGGCUCGGGGAGCGGCCCUCGGGGAGCUGCUGCGGGGAUGGGGGCUGCUGCGGCUGCGGGUGUGCAGGGCGAGGGCCCCGGAGCGGCUGCGGGGAUGGGGGCUGCUGCAGCUGCGGGUGUGCAGGGCGGGGGCCCCGGGAGCUGCUGCAGGGAUGGGGGCUGCUGCGGCUGCGGGUGUGCAGGGCGAGGGCCCCGGAGCGGCUGCGGGGAUGGGGGCUGCUGCAGCUGCGGGUGUGCAGGGCGGGGGCCCCGGGGGCUGCUGCGGGGAUGGGGGCUGCUGCAGCUGCGUGUGUGCAGGGCGAGGGCCCCGGGAGCUGCUGCAGGGAUGGGGGCUGCUGCGGCUGCAGGUGUGCAGGGCGGGGGCCCCGGGGGCUGCUGCGGGGAUGGGGGCUGCUGCGGCUGCGGGUGUGCAGGGCGGGGGCCCCGGGGGCUGCUGCGGGGAUGGGGGCUGCUGCGGCUGCGGGUGUGCAGGGCGGGGGCCCCGGGGGCUGCUGCGGGGAUGGGGGCUGCUGCGGCUGCGGGUGUGCAGGGCGGGGGCCCCGGGGGCUGCUGCGGGGAUGGGGGCUGCUGCGGCUGCGGGUGUGCAGGGCGGGGGCCCCGGGGGCUGCUGCGGGGAUGGGGGCUGCUGCGGCUGCGGGUGUGCAGGGCGGGGGCCCCGGGGGCUGCUGCGGGGAUGGGGGCUGCUGCAGCUGCGGGUGUGCAGGGCGGGGGCCCCGGGGGCUGCUGCGGGGAUGGGGGCUGCUGCAGCUGCGUGUGUGCAGGGCGAGGGCCCCGGGAGCUGCUGCGGGGAUGGGGGCUGCUGCAGCUGCGUGUGUGCAGGGCGGGGGCCCCGGGGGCUGCUGCGGGGAUGGGGGCUGCUGCAGCUGCGGGUGUGCAGGGCGGGGCCCCCGGGAGCUGCUGCGGGGAUGGGGGCUGCUGCAGCUGCGGGUGUGCAGGGCGGGGGCCCCGGGGGCUGCUGCGGGGAUGGGGGCUGCUGCAGCUGCGGGUGUGCAGGGCGGGGGCCCCGGGGGCUGCUGCGGGGAUGGGGGCUGCUGCAGCUGCGGGGCGGGGGCCCCGGGGGCUGCUGCGGGGAUGGGGGCUGCUGCAGCUGCGGGUGUGCAGGGUGGCCCGGGGAGCUGCUGGGGGGAUGA